AUGACUAUGAAGGUGCACGUGGAAGUAUACAAUAAGUUUACCACUGGUUGUGGUGAGUAUAAUGUUAAGUAUUCUCUUCCUCUGCAGCACCCUUCUCUGGCCAUUGUGAAGGCUGCUGGACUUAUCAUGAAGGCCAUCAUUGAGGAGGGGACACCGGAGAUGGCAAAGAAGAUGCAGGACCUGGCGCUGGCAGAGGGAGCUCUCCCGCGACACCUCCACACCUCCCUCUUCACCGCUUCCAGUGACAACAGACUCCUCACUCACAGGUCAGGGGUCAAUUCCCGACCACACCCUCUAUCGACAUGUAAGAUCCAGGACCAGGUCACCUGUGGGAUAUGUCUGGAGCCCUACAAACAGCCGAGGCUGCUCAAGUGUUUCCACGUGUAUUGCGAGCAGUGCCUGCAACGUCUGCGCUGCAAGGAAAUCCAUCAGAAUUGGGAUGAAUUGAAAACCCACGAAUUUAUCGACCUAGACACCUUGACUGGAGAUGUCACCACCCUCAUUCCUUCUCUCAAGAAGACUCUCUUUUGUGCCACUCAUCCAUCAAAGGAGGCAGACCUCUACUGCGAGACGUGCGACGAGUUGAUAUGUCGAGACUGCAUCGUUCGUGUUCAUCGUGACCACCAGUAUGAUCUGGUGCCCGAGUCGUUUGCCAAGCAAGAGAAAGUGAUCGUGGACUCUCUCAAGCCAGUGGAAGAACAGAUUGCUACGUUAGAAAUAGCCGUUGAGUCGGUGAACACUCAGUGUGCUCUAGUCGUAGAACGGAAGACGGCUGCGGUGGCAGAGAUCCGGACUGCCAUGGCACACCUGCGACAAGCUCUAGAGGCGAGGGAGACAGAGCUGGUGGGUCAAGCAGAGCAGACGGCACAGCAGAAACUGAAGACCUUGGCAGCACAGCGGGACGGGUUUGAACUGCAACUGGGCCAGCUGAGGAGCUGCCAGGACUUUGUGGAGGAGAGCCAACGUACUUGCAGCCAGGGGGAGAUUCUGAGGACGAAGAGUCCUCUCGUGAAACAACUCAACGACCUGACAGGUAGCUUCAAGCCAGAGACAUUGGCCCUUGCCGAGCAAGCCGAUAUGAAGUUUGCUCACAAUCUGCCUGAACUGGUGAAGACUUGCCAGCAGUUUGGUAAGGUGUACUGUCAUCCAGUUUGCCCUAAGAAGUGUCGAACCUCGGGUGAGGGCAUCAAAGUAGCCAUGAGAGGGCAAACAGCAGCUGUCUCUGUAGAGGCUUUAGAUAGGGAGGGAGAAGCCUGCCUCAAACAUGUAGACAGCUUGAGGUGUGAGCUAGUUGCUAGCGAUGGCAGCAGUCGAGUCAGGAGCACUGUGAAGAGAAGAAAUCAGAACAUCUACGACAUCAGCUACCUGCCUCAGGUCACUGGGGAACAUCAACUGCACAUUCUAAUAGAAGAGCACCCGACCUUGAACAGUCCGUUCACUGUCACCGUUCUACCCAACUUCACUGCCCCUACCAACAUCACUGGAGACCUCAAUGCACCAUAUGGUAUAGCAGUUAGGGAGGGAGGAGAGGUUGUAGUAGCAGAACGGAGUAGUAACUGCAUAUCAAUCAUCAGUGGAAAUGGAGAGAAGAAAUCAUUUGGUACUUCUGGCUCGGGUCCUGGUCAGUUCGACUGGCCUGAAGGUAUAGCAAUAGACAAUGGGGGAAGCAUUCUUGUGGCUGACUAUGGGAAUCAUCGUAUUCAGCAGUUGUCGUCCACUGGCAAACACCUUAGAACAGUCGGUACCCGGGGCAGUGGACCUCUUCAGUUCCAGAGUCCAGUAGGCAUUACAGUUCAUCCUCACACUGGCAAGGUGUAUGUUGCUGACUGUCACAACCACAGAAUUCAGGUUCUAAACUCCGAUCUCACAUACUCCAGUAGUUUUGGCAGGAAGGGCUCUAACAAUGGAGAGUUCAGCUGGCCUUAUGAUGUCUCUACAGACGGAGAUGGCAAUGUGUAUGUAGCUGAUAAGUACAACCACAGAAUCCAGGUCUUCACAGUCAAUGGAGUCUAUUUGAAGCAGUUUGGGAAGAAGGGAGAAGGAGAGGGAGAACUAAACGAUCCAGUCACUAUUGCUAUUGACUCUGGCAAUGUAGUGUAUGUUAGUGAACGGGGGAACAAUCGUAUAUCAAUAUUCUCUACUGAUGGAGAGUUUAUCAAGUCAGUUGGAAGACAGGGAAAAGGUCCUGUGGAGUUUGAUCAUCCAUUUGGACUAGCAAUAGACAAGAAAGGAACAGUUGAGACAACUGAAGCAGAGAAGUUUGACAUGGUUUUGGAGCUCAUUUCUGGUCUGGGAAGAACAGUGUUCAAACUCUUUCAGCACCCUUCUCUGGCCAUUGUGAAGGCUGCUGGACUUAUCAUGAAGGCCAUCAUUGAGGAGGGGACACCGGAGAUGGCAAAGAAGAUGCAGGACCUGGCGCUGGCAGAGGGAGCUCUCCCCCGGCACCUCCACACCUCCCUCUUCACCGCUUCCAGUGACAACAGACUCCUCACUCACAGGUCAGAGGUC